AUUUACGAUCGACGCAGGAGGUGUCACACGAACAUGGGUCCAACAUCAAGGAGCUUCUGGCCAUGGCGCGCAGGAGGGUGGCCUUCCCGCUCCAAAUUACAUUUGCAGUAUGCCCAGCUCUGCGCCGAGCUGCGAGUCCUGACCAGAUCGAGGCCGAUACCUCUAUAACAACGCACAUCUGUUCGAUCCAGACUUCCGGUCUCGUGUGCCUGCUCAAUGCUCCUCGAGCAACCAUUUCUUGCCGUCACGACCAGACAAAGAUCUGCUGUGGCCCCGGCUGACCCCUGGCUUAUCCAAUCGUUGAUGUUUUGAGACGAAGAAAGUGGACGAGGCACAUGUAUGUUCGCGCAGGGCCAACCACCCCGUGCAGACAUUUAUUGCGACACUUCCAGCACGUCUCGUAUGUAUCGGACCAUAUAUAGGACACGAUGGGAUGACCGUAACAGGCAAGGCAACGCAGGGCGAGGCACAGCUCAUAGACAUCGACAGGUUUGGGUUCAUGAUCUGGGCGCAUCUGCAAGCAACCACAGAGUGUUGUGUUCAUCAGCGGUAUUGUUGUGUCGAGACUACACGUAGAAGUACGCCACAUCUUCCAUCACCUACUUCGCAACUGUCCACCACCCCGACUCUGGGUCGGUUUCGUUCGUUCAGGCAGCUGACCCCGUCUCGGCUGGCCUGCAACAACGACAUCAUGCCGGCUGUAUGGAAAAUCCGCUCCUGAUCGGUGGUAUCCGCAAUGCAGGUGGCAGCCAUUUCCCGUCAGGGUUCCCUCAUAUAAACGCACACUCGGCUCGGCUCAUUCCAGCCCGUCUCGCCUCGGCACAGAGCAAGCUCAGGAGCAGGAGCAGGAGAAGGAUCAGGAUCAGGAUCAGGGUCCGUGAGACGGAAUCAUCAUCGGGGUGAGGGCUGAAGGCGAGCUUCUGCUGUGGGGUGAAGGUGCAUUGCGAAGGUGCAUUGUGAAGGUGAAGGUGCAGGCUUGUCGACACGAAUCGAGACUCCUGCUCUGUUGAGGCAAAAUGAAUCGAUGGGCUGCGAUCGGAGGGAUUCUGCUCAUGCUGUGCGCGAGUCAAGUGCUCGGAUUUCCCGCUGGGCGCGAGCCUGAGCUGAGGCUGGGGCACAGCAGGAAGCUGAUCUCGGCCGCCGCCGACCCGGCGGGCCUGGUGGACACGGACCCGCUCAUCCUGACGUACCACAACGGGCCGCUGCUGUCGGGCGGCACGGCGCCCGUCUAUCUGAUCCUGUAUGGGAACUGGAGCGCGACGCAGCGCGAGAUCGUGUACGACUUCGUGGGCUCGUUCGACGCGCACGAAGUGGCGUCGCCGUCGGUGGCCGACUGGUGGAGCCUGAUGAACGGAUACCGCGACUCGUCGAACACGCCGGUCACGGCGAACAUGGAGAUCGGCGGGGAGGUGUACGACGCGGAUUACAGCUUCGGUGCGACGCUGAAGGUGAUCGACAUCGAGAAUCUGGUGCUGAGCACGCUGACGCCCAAGGGCAAGUUCCCGACGAACCACCACGCCGUGUACCUGGUGCUCACGUCGCCCGACGUGCAGGUGGAGGACUUCUGCAAGAACCAGUGCGCGUCGCACUUCGCCACCAAGCCGCUGAACGCGACGGACGGGCGGCAUCUGAUCUACACCUGGGUCGGCAACGCCGUCACGCAGUGCCCCAAGAAGUGCAUCUGGCCCUUCGCGCCGUCGGAGUUCGGGCCCGCGACCAAGGCCCUGAUCCCGCCCAACGGCGACGAGGGCGUCGACGGCAUGAUCAUCAACAUCGGCAUUAUGCUCGCCGGCGCCGCCACCAAUCCCUUCAACACCGGCUUCUACCAGGGCGACGCCGGCGCGCCCCUGGAGGCCGCCACCGCCUGCGCCGGCAUCUUCGGCGAAGGCGCCUACCCCGGCGAGCCCGGCUCGCUGCUCGUCGACCAGAGCACCGGCGGCAGCUACAACGCCCACGGCAUCAAUGGCCGCAAGUUCCUGCUGCCUGCUCUCUGGAACCCGCAGGACCUCGAGUGCACUCCUCCGCAGCUCGCCUCCCGCGCCGUCUAGCCCAUGAGUUCUGCUUCUGCUGAACCGAAGCUGGGAAUCGAUCGAUCGACCUGUCUUCUCCCGGUGCGUCUGUCGGCCGGUCGGGAGAGUGCUCUCGCAGAUCAGAUGAGUGAUAAUAACGUCAGAAUGUCGUGUUCGCAGACACGAGUUGCAUCUCGUGUUCUGUCUAGUGAUUAGUGAGGGAGUAGUGAGGGAGUGAGGGAAUGAGUAAGCGAGCUGUGGGUGGAUGAUGUGAAUGUGUAGGAAAACUGUGGCCUGUCUUUGUCUGGAUUGCUACACUCUACUACCGCUAGCACCAUGAGGACAAGUGGAGCACAUUCAGACUUGUUGAUCGGUUGCCACUUCCUCGUUGUGGCUCGAGGAAUGAGUACAAAAUUUGCAUAUUCGCUAGC